UUAUUUUUGAAACUUCAUACAUACGCAUUUCAAACAAAUUGAAGCAGAACUGUUUCGGAAAGCCCUCAAUAAUGGCUCGCAAUCCAAUGCUCGCUCGAAUGGAAACAAUCUGCGCCGAGGUGAUGGAAAUGUCCGAAAUUUUUCUUGCCGAUGAUGAAGAGGAUGAACCGGAAGAAGCGGACGAUGAAACAGCAGAUGACAUUCCCGAGGAUGACACAGGUGAUACCAGUUGUGGUGACGAAGAAAAGGCCAAAUCAUCUGAUACUGGCAGCGAAACCAGCGGUACCGAAAAAGAAAAGGGCGUUUCUGUAAAGGUUAACUGCGAGGACAAAAAACAGCAACGUUACGCCAAGUGGAUUACCCGAGCUCUGCGAGCUGCAGUUAAUCCAAUAGUCUCUAGGUUCAAUCUCAAUUUGAAAGUAAAUUUGGAUCUCAAUGUGGCCAACAAAGCCAACGUCUCGAAGGCUAGCACACAAAAAAACAAAACCGCCACUAGCGAGAGUGAUAAACCGAAACAAACCUCUGCCGACCAGCAAAAAAUCCGCGCUAAUCUGGCCAGAAUACGAGAGCUUGAAAAGGAGAACAGACAUCUUGAGAGAGUUUUCGAGAAGAUUGUAUCAGUUUACACCGACAUGAAAACAAACUUGGCUGAAAAAACUAUAGAUUUAGAAAAGCUUCAUGCGAAAAUAACCCAAGCGGAAACGGAAAUCAAACAGCUGUCUGAUGCUAAAACCGCAUUACAGCAGCAAUUGACCAAAACAGAAACAACCAAUAGUGAGCUACGGAAAUCAAUAUCAAAACAACAGCGUGAAAAUUCCACAAACGAAAAUGAAAUGCAAACCAUGAACAUAGAGAUUCAAAAGAAAUCUUCACUGGUCGACAAUUUGGAGAAGAAGCUGAAUGAACUACAAAGUCAUUGCACCACAGAGCUUAAUAAAAAACAGGCAGAAAUUUCAGAUCUCCUGAAAGAGAAACAUAUGCUUCUGGAAUCCAAGGACAAUGAAAUACGUCGACUCACAACUGAAUGUCAAGCAUUGCAGAAGAGUAGAGCCGCAAGUGAAGCGAACUAUCAACAAAUAGUGCAGGAGCACAUGCAGAAGAGGUCACAACUGGAAAUGAAAAUCAUCGAGCUGGUUCAAAACAACCGUGAUUUAAGCAGGAAACAAUAUCCCACAAUUAGUACUACUACACGGGAAGCCCCGCUCGCGGACGAUUACUCUUCGAAUGAGACUUUUUCGUGUCCAAUUUGCGGGUACAAGUUCAAAAAUUUGGGAGAUUUACAAAUACACACCGAAACGUGUAUCACGUACUGACGCCACAUCACAAGAAAAAAUAAUUGGACGAAAACAUGGAACAACGAGGAAUUGUUUCAAAUAAGAGUUAAACGAAAAC